UCCAGCAGACCUAGUUUGAGAAGGCACAGACAAACAGAACCUCAAGUAGGAGCAAGGAGGGCAAAUAUUUAGAUAUUUUCACAUUAGAGGACAUUUGAAACAGGGAGAGUUGACAAUGCUGUGGCAAUGUGAUGGCCAUUCGCAACUCCUUUUCGGAGGGGGAAAGAAGAUGACAAAGGAGGGAAAAAGGGCUUUUCGUUGAUGGCCGUGUGUGUGUCUCAAUGGGCAGUAGGGCACGUCCGGCAUUCGAGGGUUGACCGCACUCCGGUGGACAUUCUAGGACACUCACAUAGAACAGAUAGUUGAUCAAAGGGACACAUUAUUUUUAUCGUUCCGCAUGAAGAGCUUUCGGUUGUCAAGGGGAGAGAGCAUCUUUGAAGUGAGAGCACUUGUUAUUGAAAAGGACAAGAGGCUCGUUGUUUUUCAGGGAUUCAACAUGAAAGAUAAACUUUUAUCAGUCCUUUCUUUUUGAGGUUGCACACACAGGUCCCUGUUCCCUUUUGUGACUCAAAAGGGGGAGUUCGGGGGAGGAUUUUGUGCGUCAGCGGAAAGACAACAUUGGAAUCGCAGUUGUUUAUUUCCUUUUGUCAACACAAUAUAUUGGGAAUAUCACAGUGUUGGGAACGUGUGAGGAUUACAAUGGAGACGAAACCUAUCAUUUGUGGCAGUGGACAUUCAAUACUCAAAUAAGGAACCAUAUCCAUCAUGUUUUUUCACUCCGUGCCACUGUAUGGAAUUAGUGCUGGAGUUCCCAAUUCCACAUUGGCAUCCAACCGGAAAUAUAACGCUGCGAAUCCUUAUGAUUGAUUGUGACUGGAGACGUAAGUGUAAGUGCAUUGCUGAAACCAGUGCCGCUUUUUCUUACUGCUCGGGAAGAGCUUUUUAUGCGGCAGCUUAUCUACAAUGUCCAACAUCUAAAAUGAUAUCAACCACUGACAGAAUUACACGAACAUUAAAGUAAGAGCAAUUAAAGUAGAGCAAUUAAAGUAGAGCAAUUCCCAGUUACUGCAGAUACUAAAGGACUACAAAUCAAUGACGUGGAGGUAUUGUGUUUAGAGUGUAGAGUUUUAGAGUUAGGGCAAAAACUAUUGGCAGUAAGGAUUUUUUUUUAUUACAGUCCCUAGGCAGCAAUGCGGUUUCAAAGUUAACUAUUCAUAUUUACGAGGGUAUUUUGGGGGAACUGAUGGCAGGUCAUGCAAGUGGACCUGACUUUGUACUCAUCUGAUAGGACUAAAACUAUCUGAACCAACUGGUGGUAUAUACCUGAUUCAACCAACAGGACUAAAAUGAACUGAUGAACAGAGACAGUUACCACACGUUUAUUAUAAUACACAACCCUCUUUGAAGCCAGGUUUUUGCUUUGACCCACAACCUUCAUUUAUUUGAUAUUUUUACUACAUUGGUUUCACUUCUUUCUUGGACCUAUUUUUCUCUUUGACCUUCGCCACCUGGUCAGUAUGGUGCCACCACCGCCCACCAACAAGCCUCAUGUGUGCUUGUCGGCCAUCUUGAUCAUGGGUAGCAUGGCGCUGAUGGACGCCUACCUGGUGGAGCAGAACCAGGGGCCCAGGAAGAUUGGUGUGUGCAUCAUGGUCCUUGUGGGGGACAUCUGCUUCCUCCUUGUCCUACGCUAUGUGGCUGUGUGGGUGGGUUCCGAGGUGCGGACCUCCAAGCGUGGCUACACCAUGAUCCUAUGGUUCUUCUAUGUCUUCGUCCUGGAGAUCAAGGUCUACUUUGUCUACCAGAACUACAAGGCCGAGGACGGGAAGAGGGCAAGUUUGGACGGUUGGACUGGCGGCGGCGUGGACGGGGUGGCACGGAAGGCGCUGACAUUGCUUCUGUCCAUCUGCGUGCCCGUCGUCUACAUCACGUUGGUGGCCAUCGACCACAUGGAGUACGUGCGGCCACAGAAGAAGAAAGAGGAGAUCCGGUGUCGACUCUUCUGGGUGGUGGUGGACUUGCUCGACGUCCUGGACGUGCAGGCCAACCUAUGGGAGCCUCAGAGGAGAGGGCUCCCCCUAUGGGUGGAGGGACUCAUGUUCUUCUACUGCUACAUCCUGCUGCUGGUGCUGCCAUGUGUGUCGCUGAGCGAGAUCAGCAUGCAAGGGGUGAACAUUGUGCCCCAUAAGAUGAUGCUCUACCCGAUUCUCAGCCUGGUGACUAUUAACAUUAUCACUCUCUUCAUUCGAGGCGGGAACAUGGUUUUCUAUAGGGACUCCAGGGUGUCUGGGAUACUGAUGGGUAAAAAUGUGAUCGCCAUUGUUCUUAAGACGUGCAGUUUCGUCCAGUAUCGGAGGCAUCUCGGUGAGGUCCCGUCUCCCGCUCUUGGGGUAGAAAUGCAGAAGAAUUGCGUUGUCCACGGCCCGAAAGUGACUAUGCCUGUGCCCAUGCCGAUGCCCAUGCCACCCCAAGUAGUGAUUCAAGACUUCACAAAGUUUCCUGAAGAGAUGGUGUGUGUGAGUGACACAGAGGUUGAGCAAACGUGACACAGGUCUUGGUGAGAAAGGGAUAAAGAUACAUAACAUAUUAUAAGCUUUAUUAUAGGACAUUAUAAAAGACUAAUUCAUGCGUAUAACAAGUUAUUAAGCAUGAUGCUUGCAGGGCUUCAGUAAAGGGUUACCAGAACAGUUGACACAAGGAAGCACUGUGUAGGGUCACAACAAGGUGUUGCACCAUUUCCUAGGACAAGGGAGAAAAUGACUAUAGGGAGAAGUGAAUGCCCCCCCCAAUGAUGAUGAUCUAAUGGAGAACAAAAAACAAAAAUGAAAGGAUCUUCUUAAGUAUCGGACCCUUUUGUUAAAUGUUUGCCUAAAAUGACAUACCGAAAUCUAACUGCCUGUAGCUCAGGACCUGAAGCAAGGAUAUGCAUAUUAUUGAUACCAUUUGAAAGUAAAACCUUUGAAGUUUGUGGAAAUGUCAAAUUAAUGUAGGAGAAUAUAACACAUUAGAUUUGGUAAAAGAUAUUAAACAUCAUCUGUUUCAUCAUCUUAGAAAUGCAAGAGAAAGGCCAUUAAAUCGCAUAGGAGUUUAGGCGCAAUUUAGAUUUUGGCCACCAGAUGGCAGCAGUGUUUGUGCAAAGUUUCAGACUGAUCCAAUGAAGCAUUAUAUUACUGCACAAUAUGCAAUUGUAUCAAAAUGCAAUUGUAUCAAGUCUGCCCAAAUGUGCCAAAUUGGUCAAUUUAUAUAUUUUCAAGUACAUAACUAUAGAGAACAUUCAAAAAUGAUAUGGUAAUAAAAUAUUUCAAUUUACACACUCCCAGGAAUGUUAUAAAUGAUGGAUAAUUAGCUUCUCUAAAGAAAAGACACCAACCUUCACACAUCUAGAUGGCCAGGUGUGUGUUGGGCCAGACACAGCAGGGGUUCAAAUUGUAGAACCCAGUUCCUACAUUUGAAUAUAAAAAUGGAUUUUAUCAAACGAAACUACGCUACAUUUUAUCUCUGGGACCCUCAGCAAAAUUACUGAAUGUAACUACAUUAUUUACCUUUUGAGGUUGAAUGUAUCAAACCAGUUGCCGUGAUACAUUUUUGUUGUUGUUGUGUCCUCUCCUCAAACAAUAGCAUGGUAUUUUUUCACUGUAAUAGCUUCUGUAAAUUGAACACUUCAGUUAGAUUAAUCAGAAUUUAAGCUUUCUGCCCAUAUAAGACAUGUCUAUGUCCUGGAAAGUUGGCUGUUACUUACAACGUCAGUCUAGUCACAUUAGCGCACAUUAGCAACAACCGUCCUGGUAUAGGGACACCGAUCCCCUAGAGGAAAGGGGAUACUUAUAUUUUAAUAAGAUGUUGUGCAGAACAAAGUAUGAUGUGUCUUUCAAUUUGGGGAUGAUUUGUGUCUCUUUGUGCGCCUGUAAAACUACCUAAAAAUAUGAAUGUGCUGCAUUCUGGACAAAGUAAAUGAAAGACAUUCCGCACACUCUACUGAAAAUGUCUGUGUUUAUUAUUUAUUUCAGCAUUGUAGAGGCAGUUCAAUGAACAGUAGAGUACUUUUACUCUGACCGGUCCUCCUUUCCAAACUGUUUUUGUUCUAAUGCUGUUUGAGUGUCAAUGUGAACCAUUUGUAUUGACUGACUUGUCUUUGAUAAAUGAGCCCUGCAUUGAAAGAGUUCAGGUUGUGAUUGUUAUGUAUUUUGCAUUCGAUUAAGCGAUAUGCGUAACACUGAAGAGCUUUAAAAGAAAAAGGAACAAUUUGAAGCAUUUUCUUUUCCAAUAAUUUUUUAUUUUGCUAAGAGAAGUUGACUUUUUUUCUUAGACGAUUUCUUACUGUUCACUGUGGUCAACAAAAUAAGAUUGAAAAAAUACUUUAAUGCGACUGGUAUAUGUGUCUCUGAAAAUAGGCCUUUAUCAAAUAUGUAUUGAAAAUGAAAAUGGGCGAUGCCUGCUAACUUGUUCUGACACGUCCUUAUGAAGCUGAGCUUUUCAGCUUAGUUGUAUGUGUAUGACUACAAAGACAGAGAUUUGUAAUGAAAGAAGAAUAUGGUGGAGAAAUUACAAGAUUAUGUUAUAAUACUGUUAUUAAUACUAUAAUACUGUUAUGCUGUCAAAUGGUUGUUUUAUGCAAGAACUUUUUCAUCUGUAUGUGUUCUACUGAGGAUGGGCCUCUGGGAGAUUGAAAACUGACAGAAGAUUUAUGAUGUCCUUGGGUGAUAAGCCUAACAAGACCAUAGCAUGAGUUAAUGUUUCUAUACUGGGGUACCAGAGGGAGAUGGCUCCAGUGUGGAGUUGGGGGCCAGACCCUGGUCUCUACACAAUGAGAAUAGUCUUUACAGCAGAUACGGUUUGCUGUGAAUUAUUAGUAUCUUUCAUACAAAUCCGAACUUUGUGACCCAAUCAUACAUCUGUGAUUUGCCAUGAACAUCCAGGGGGAUGGACUUUGAUAUAAAAUGCUGUGGCUGGUUGGGCUCUCAGCGAAUCACCUACAGGAGGGUUGUUGGCAAGCUCCAUUACUGCAGUAAUUAAAUAAUAAAGUUGACUUGUUUUGAAGAAAUGUAAAAGUCUCUCCUUUUGAUUAGAAUAAUUCCACAACAAGACGUUUUAUCGAAGAGAGAUAUUCUCAGCGAAUCCCUGAAUUCCGCCUUCCCGUCUUCCCCAGCUUGGACUGGGACGACAUUCAAAACCAGCUGCCAAAGUCUGACUGUCCACGUAGCAGACAACUGCAGCGGUUAUGAGAGGGAAUUAUAUUAUUACAUUUAAAAAAGAUGAUACUGUCCGCCCAAAGGAUUACAAUGGCAGAACAUUUUAGAACAAGGCUGGGCUUCUAAUUUGGUCACAUAGUGACCGCAUCAACCGCAUCAGACUCUAACCCGCAAAUAGGCCGAAAAUUGGACGGGGUGCAAGAUUUUCUUUUUACUUUUACAACACUUAUUCUCAAUUAAGCAUGUUUUCAAUAAA